AUGGCCCUGCUGGUGCUCCUGGCAACAGAGCCCGAAAAACCCAUCCCUGAGUUUACCUACAUAGCAGAGGACUUAGCCCUCAUUUCCAAAGAUCCCAGGCACCAGUUCAACAAAAAUAAGAGACUGUGGUACACCUCCAGGGAGAAGAAAAUCCUGCCACAAAGACAAGCAGAGGCUAUGAUCAAACAGAUGCAACAGUGGACUCACUUAGGGAAGGCAUCUUGGAAUCUGGAAGAGAAGAGGGAGCUAGUGAGGCUGCUUCAGGCUCGGCGGGGCCAGCCAGAGCCAGACGCCGCAGAGCUGGCCCAGGAGCUGCAAGGCCGCUGCAAGGCAGAGAUCUGCCACUUUAUCCAGAAGCUCAAGGACUGGGAGGUUCAAGAGGCCAUUCAGAAGAUGCAGCCAGGUGGCAGAGAGGGGCCAAGGCAUCAAGAAACACAGCUCCCAGCCUCAGUAGAGGUAUGGAUGGAUCUUGCUGAGAAACUAACAGGCCCACUGGAGGAAGCCCUGACUGCAGCUUUCUCCCAGGUGCUCACCAUUGCUGCUGCAGAACCCCUCAGCCUCCUGCACUCCAGGCCGGGCAAGCCCACAAAGGCCCGUGGAAAGGCACUGGUGUUCUUGAGCAACCAAGAUGGACAGAAGGAUCCUGCAUCUGAAGGCUCUGGAGCCAACCCUGAGACCUCUGGCCUUGCCUCAGAGGUCACUGUCCCUGACCCUGAUGCCCCCACCAAGUCCCUGGCUGGAUCCUCCACAGACAGAGACUUUGCUGUGGACUUUGAGAAGAUCUACAAAUACCUUUCCUUCUCCUCCAGAGGUGGCCAUGGCCCUGAGCUCUCAGCAGCUGAGUCAGCUGGGGUCCUUAACCUGCUCAUGGCACUUCCAGAGGAACUGUCCCACCUGCCUUGCACAGCCCUGCUGGAACAUAUGACCAAAACAUAUGCUCAACUGAUGGCUCCCCAGACCUCUCUCCCUGGAGAGAAGAGGCCCAGGCCUGGGACUGAAGAUGGAGGGACUGGCUCCACGGGGCCAGAGGAGCCUGACCGAGCUAGUCCUCAAGCUUCUGAGCCCAUAGAGCCAAGGCUGGCCUGGAAAGCAGUUGGGAUCUGCCCACUGAACCCGUUCCUGGUACCCCUGGGCCUCGUGAGCCAGGUCCCCAGCCCUUCGAGGUGAGGAGUACAGCAGAUGAGAUAUGCUGAUUUUUGUCCAGAACAUCAGUCCAGCACCACUGGUAUUGGAACUUGAUUGUGGACUUCCUGACACAGUGUUCAGCCAUAGGCUAAGCCUUCAGAUGCUGUAUAAACCAGCAGCCUUAGAAAGUG